UCAAUAACUGUCAUAUAUCUUGCUAUACCUACAUCUCGAAUAGUGGACUUUGACAUUUGAAUUUUAAAAACUUGUUUCAAGUUUUUAAGUUGCGGUAAGUUGUAACUAACUCUACAGGCCAACAGCUGUAUUGAAGAGUGUAACACCUUUCUUUUUAAAUCAUAAGUCGUAACUUAUCAAAAUGUCGGAGAAUAGCAGCCCAAUUAAAUACUUUUUAAGUGGUGGUUUCGGCGGUGUAUGCACUGUUCUUGCAGGCCAUCCAAUGGACACUAUUAAAGUAAGAUUACAAACUAUGCCUUUACCAAAACCUGGAGAAUCAGCUUUGUAUGCGGGUACUGUGGAUUGUUUCAAGAAGACUAUUCAAAAAGAGGGCUUUAAAGGUCUCUACAAAGGAAUGUCAGCUCCGUUGACCGGAGUCGCGCCUAUUUUUGCGAUAAGUUUCUUUGGUUUCGGCCUCGGUAAAAAGUUAAUCAAGUCAGAUAGUGAACAGGUUCUCACAAGACCAGAAUUGUUUGCUGCUGGUGCUUUUUCAGGUAUCUUUACAACCUCAAUUAUGGCUCCAGGAGAGAGAAUUAAAUGUUUACUCCAAAUUCAACAAGGUGGUUCCGGGCCACAGAAGUAUAGUGGCAUGGUUGACUGUGCCAGGCAGUUAUACGCAGAGGGUGGUAUCAGAAGUAUUUACAAAGGCAGUGUUGCCACCAUACUGAGAGACGUUCCAGCGAGUGGAAUGUACUUUAUGACAUAUGAGUGGGUGAAAGAGAUUAUAGUUCCUGAAGAUGCAAGUGCUAAAUUGAAGAUGUUGGCAACAGUGGUGGCUGGGGGAUGUGCUGGUAUAGCUAACUGGCUGGUGGGCAUGCCUGCUGAUGUUUUAAAGAGUAGAUUGCAAACUGCUCCUGAGGGAACAUAUCCUAAUGGUAUGAGGGAUGUUUUCAAACAGUUGAUGGCAAGAGAAGGUCCAACGGCCCUGUACAAAGGUGUGGCUCCUGUAAUGAUAAGAGCGUUCCCAGCUAACGCUGCAUGCUUUGUAGGAUUUGAAUUGGCUGUCAAGUUCCUUGACUGGGUUGCUCCAAACCUUUGAUGAUAUUAGUAGUAGUUUACUAACAAAUUUGUAUCAUAUAGCAGAUAAGAUAAAAUGAUUUUAAAACUUGUUACAUCUAGUGUAAUUUAGAUAUUUUUAAAUAUUUACUCUGCCAAAUUAUAUUUUCUGUAUUAUUUUUACAUGACAGAAUUAUUUUUUCAUGGAAGCUUUAAAAUAACACACAAAAUGAUUGCAAUUUUUUUUUUGUUAAUGAUAUUAUGUUUUUUAAGUAUUAUUUUUGAUGCUUGUUUUGUAUUCACAGAUAAAUAAUAGUGAAAAAAAUCAGUGCCUUUGUAAGAUGUAAUUGUUUUUUGUCUUUAUAAUGUUAUCUUUUCAGUGCUGUUACACUUUUCCUCAUGUUGGUAAUGUUAUUUU